UUGCUUUCAACGGUAACAUACUCCAAUUCCUUUGUCAUUCAGUGGCUGAAAACUGAAACCUAUCCUCAUCUUCCUCCAUGGAAACAUUCUCAAGCUCUGUCUCAACUCUCAAAGUCCCAAGCACCCUUCUUUCAACUCCAUCUCGUGAACUACUCCACCAUUUCAAGACCUCUCACAACACCCACAAACUUCCUCCACAAACCCACCUCCACAAAACCACCACCAAAACCACCUUUUUCACCCAAAAGCCUCUAACUUUAUCCACACCCUCAUUCUCAAUCCCCACAAAAACCCUUUUCUCAUCUCCAAAUCUCCACAAAAACCCAGCUUCUGGUUAUGCAGCUGCUCUCCUGGACAUUGCUCAAUGCAACAGGACACUUGAUUUGGUCCACAAGGAUGUGAAGAGGUUCUUGCAGUUGCUCCACAACAAGCAGGUUCAAGCGGUUUUGGAAAGCCCAUUUGUGGGUUUGGAGGAGAAGGGCCAAGUGAUGAAGCUGGUGGCCCAGAAAGGGAAAUUCAACAAGCACUUGGUGAAUUUGGUGAAGAUGUUGGUUGAGAAAAGUAGAGUGGGGAUUGUGAAGGAAAUGUUGGAGGAGUUUGGGAGGAUUUGCAGUGAGCUCUCUGGGGCUAAUCAAGGAUUGCUAAGAGGGCUGUGAAGGUGAAGGUGAGGAAUAUGGUCUAUGAUGAAAGCUUGACUUAUUAGUUUGCUGUAUGAUACUAGUCAUAAUACCAUAAGCAAUGUAAAAUAAUACCAUAAGCAAUGUAAAGAUUGCAUUUUGCAAUCUAGGAAAGAGAAUGUAAAAGCAAGUAGUACUUUGUAAAUUCAUGCUAUGAAGUACUUUUCACGA